UCGGUCCUCGAAUCAAGACCCUAGCAGCACUCCUACCUCUGACUUCUGGGGCGGUAACAAAGCCGAGGCAGCUGCGGCUCAUUGAUUUGUCUGUGAGGCUGUUGGCUUUUGAAAUCAGACAGGAAGGAGGGUUGAGGUGGAGCCCCGCACAGGAAGAGGGUAGGAGCCCCAGGGGCCGUGACAGCCAGUGGGCUGAGGGGACUGACUGCAGGAGCUGGCGGACCAAGUCCCUGCUGCCCUGUGCAGUCAGCACCUCCUGAUCCCUUCAGACAGGGCUUCACUCCUGCCCUGGACAGAUCCUGACGGCUUGGGGCCCAGCUGACCAGCCACAGAGAUUUCCAGGACAUCCCCACCACCGCACAGCUGCCUCUGUCCACUGGAGCAGGGCUGAGCCCAGGAACACUGGGAUGGAGCCCCCCCGGCCCCCCAGUCGAGGCAUUCCUGGGGCAACAAGGCCCUGGAGACCCGUGGACGAGGGAUGGCUAAUCUCUGCCCUCUGAGUUCCUGGGGCCCCGCUGGAGGGGCUGCCGUGGGCUAGACGUCCUGUUCGCUGCAGGUUACAAAUGAGGACACCACGGCACAGAGAGCUCAGGUGGCCUGUCCAGUGUCACACAGCCACUCCCGGCGGCAACCCCAGACUCCAUGAGGAAGCAGGAAGUGCGGACAGGCGGGGAGGUUGGCCAGGGCCAUGGGGCCGGCUCCCCAGCUGAGCAGGUCAAAGCACUGGUGGACCUGCUGGCCGGCAAGGGUGGUCAGGGCUCCCAGGCCCCACAGCCCCCCAACAGGACACCAGAGUCCCCACUGAAGCCCCACGGCAAUGACUUAAGGAUACAGAGGCACCGAGAGGCCCUGCUGAACAGGACAGGAGGUGGCCCAGAGCUGGGCAGCCCCUCACCCAGGCUGACCAGCCUACUGCUGGUGGAGGGCCUGACAGACCUGCAGCUGAGGGAACACGACUUCACGCAGGUGGAGGCCACACGUGGGGGCUGGUGCUCCAGCAGGACCAUUACCCUGGACAGGCUCUUCCUGCCUCUGUCACGGGUGUCCAUCCCGCCCCGCAUCUCCAUCACCAUCGGGGUGGCUGGUGUGGGCAAGACCACCCUGGUGAGGAACUUCAUCCACCUCUGGGCCCGGGGACAGGUGGGCAAGGACUUCUCGCUGGUGCUGCCUCUGACCUUCCGAGAUCUCAACACCCAUGAGAAGCUGUCUGCGGACAGACUCGUCCGCUCCGUCUUCCCGCACGCUGGGGAGACUGGCCUGGCAUCAGCAGCCCUAACCAAAGUCCUCCUGGUCCUGGAUGGUCUGGAUGAGUGUAAGACGCCCCUGGACUUCUCCAAUACUGUGGCCUGCACAGACCCCAGGAAGGAAAUCCAGGUGGACCACCUGAUCACCAACAUCAUCCGGGGCAACCUCUUCCCGGAAGUAUCCGUCUGGGUCACCUCCCGCCCCAGUGCAGCCGGCCAGAUCCCGGGCGGCCUGGUGGACCGGAUGACUGAGAUCCGGGGCUUUAACAAGGAGGAGAUCAAGAUGUGCCUGGAGCAGAUGUUCCCCGAGGACCCAGUCCUCUCGGGCUGGGUGCUGAGCCAGGUGCAGGCGGACAGGGCCCUGUACCUGAUGUGCACUGUCCCAGCCUUCUGCCGUCUGGCGGGGUUGGCGCUGGGCCACCUGCACCGCAGCAGGUUGGGGCUGCCAGAUGCGGAGCUGUGGCCUCCGAGGACCCUGUGUGAGCUCUACUCUUGGUACUUCAGGAUGGCCCUCGGCGGGGAGGCGCAGGAGAAGGGCAAGGCGAGCCCCCGCAUCGAGCAGCUGGCCCAGGGCGGCCGCAAAGUGGUUGGCACGCUAGGCCGACUGGCCUUCCACGGGCUGGUCAGGAAGAAGUACGUGUUCUACGAGCCAGACCUGAAGGUUUUCGGCGUGGACCUCGCCCUGCUGCAGACCGCCCUGUGUGGCUGCCUCCUGCAGCGGGAGGAGACCCUGGCCUCCUCAGUGACCUACUACUUCACGCACCUGUCCCUGCAGGAGUUCGUGGCGGCCGCGUACUACUACAGCGCGUCCAGGAGGGCCAUCUUUGACCUCUUCACUGAGGGGGGCAUGUCCUGGCCGCGGCUUGGCUUCCUCACGCACUUCAGGAGCGCUGCCCAGCGGGCCAUGCAGGUCGAGGACGGGCGGCUCGAUGUGUUCCUGCGCUUCCUCUCAGGCCUCUUGUCUCCGAGGGUCAACGCCCUGCUGGCUGGCUCCCUGUUGACCCAAGGCGAGCACCAGGGCUACCGGGCCCAGGUGGCUGAGCUCCUGCAGGGCUGCCUGCGCUCCGACGGGGCGGUCUGCGCCCGGGCGGUCAACGUCCUGCACUGCCUGCACGAGCUGCAGCACACGGAACUGACCCGCAGCGUGGAGGAGGCCGUGGAGAGCGGGGCCCUGGCCAGGCUGACCAGCCCCCCGCACCGCGCUGCCCUGGCCUACCUCCUGCAGAUGUCUGAUGUCCGUGCCCAGGAGGCCAGCUUGCCUCUGUGCCUCAGCCAGGGUGUCCUCCAGAGCCUGCUGCCCCAGCUACUCCACUGCCGGAGCCUGAGGCUGGACACCAACCAGUUCAAGGACCCUGUGAUGGAGCUGCUGGGCAGCGUGCUGAGUGGGAAGGACUGUCGCAUUCAAAGGAUCAGCUUGGGUGAGAACCAGAUCAGUAACAAAGGGGCUAAAGCUCUGGCCAGAUCCCUCCUCGUCAACAGAAGUCUGACCACUCUGGACCUCCGCAGUAACUCCAUUGGACCUCAAGGGGCCAAGGCACUGGCAGAUGCUCUGAAGAUUAACCGCACUCUGUCCUCUCUGAGCCUCCAGAGCAACAUGAUCAGGGACGACGGUGCAAGGUUCAUGGCAGAGGCCUUGGCCGCCAACCGGACCCUCUCCGUGCUGCACCUGCAGAAGAACACCAUUGGGCCAGUGGGAACCCGGCGGAUGGCAGAUGCCCUGAAGCAGAACAGGAGUCUGAAGGAGCUCAUGUUCUCCAGUAACAGCAUUGGUGAUGGAGGUGCCAAGGCCCUGGCGGAGGCCCUGAAGGUGAACCAGGGCCUGGAGAGCCUGGACCUGCAGAGCAAUUCCAUCAGUGACUCGGGAGUGGCGGCGCUGAUGGGGGCCCUCUGCGCCAACCAGACCCUCCUCAGCCUCAACCUUCGAGAAAACUCCAUCAGCUCCGAGGGCGCCCAGGACCUGGCUCGCGCUCUCUGCGCCAACAGCACCCUGAAGAGCCUGGACCUGACAGCCAACCUCCUCCACGACCAGGGCGCUCAGGCCAUCGCGGUGGCAGUGAGAGAAAACCGCGCCCUCACGGCCCUUCACCUGCAAUGGAACUUCAUCCAGGCCAGCGCCGCCAAGGCCCUGGGACAAGCACUACAGCUCAACACGAGCCUGACCAGCCUCGAUUUACAGGAGAACGCCAUCGGGGAUGAAGGCGCCUCUGCGGUGGCCAGUGCGCUGAAGGCAAACACGGCCCUCACUGCUCUCUAUCUCCAGGUGGCCUCCAUUGGUGCCCUGGGGGCCCAGGCGCUCGGGGAGGCCCUGGCGGUGAACAGAACCUUGGAGAUUCUCGACUUAAGAGGAAACGCCAUCGGAGUGGCUGGAGCCAAAGCCUUGGCAAAUGCUCUGAAGGUCAACUCGAGUCUCCGAAGGCUGAAUCUUCAAGAGAAUUCCUUGGGGAUGGAUGGGGCGAUAUGUGUUGCCACUGCACUGUCUGGAAACCACGGGCUCCAGCACAUCAAUCUCCAGGGAAACCACAUUGGGGAGUCUGGUGCCAGGAUGAUCACAGAGGCUAUCAAGACAAAUGCUCCCUCGUGCACUGUUGAAAUGUGAGACCGGUUCCUGGUGGACCAGGCAGCAGAACAGGAAGGGACAUGGCUGGAAGCUUUCAAAGGAAAAAACCAUUUUCCAGGGUACCUUCCGGUGGUCUGGGAAUGAUGCUGACCCGCAAGGGAGCUGGUCCCCUGCAAGGAGGCCUGAAGGUGCUGCCAGAGGAGGACAUGAGGACCUCUCCUGGUCCUGGGUCAGUCUGGGCAAGGGAGAGACGGACACUCUGCUGUAGCAUAGAGAAGGGAGGGUGUCUCGCCAAGGGACUCAGGGACACAGGCCUCAAAGCUCAGCAAGUAAGAAGCCAGUCUGAGCUUAUUUAUAUCCUGAGGACUUCACGUGCCCCUUUCUGUAUCAUGACUGCCCUCUUCCACUGCGCUGGUUAAAACCACCCCCAACUCUGAAAUGAGCUGCCAUCUUUAAGCCGAUUAAGAGUAUCAAUUUGGCAUUGGUGACAGAGGGGACCUCUUUCUUUUCUCAAGAAGAAAAGGUUUUAGGAGUAUGAUCCUUAAGAGUUAUAUGGAAAAAUUAUGAAAAACUUUCAAAGAGGAAUGAAGGCUUUAAUUAUAGGAUUCUGGUGACAGAGACCAAAAAAAUGUCUCCAAAGUUUUUGCCAUCUUUUAUCUAUUUCAAAAUCUCUCAAAGACAUGGAUUAUGUCUGCCAUGUUAUCUGGAGUCACAUUAAACGUCGAUACCUUGAUAAUGUCAUUCUAUGUUAGGCUCCAAAACCACUACUAUGGCUACAGCUUCCCCAUGAAGGUAGGUAAGUUGAGCUUCCACGUGGUAUAAAUGCCCUCAGGUGUCUGUCUGUGUUGAAAGGAACGAGAUUCCAAAUGGAUGUCAUGGCUCUCAUCAACUACAUAACCAAGGAAAAUGCUUACAUGAAAAUUAUAAAGUAAUUACCACUUUUAAAUUUGAACAGAAACUAUUGUUCCAAUUGUUUCUUAAAAAUUGAGUAUUUGGGCAAGAACUACCAUUGAAUGAUAAAACCAUGGAUGAAAAGUCUUUUAAAGAUAUCCACACAGUCUCAAAGCAUCACCACAGAGAGGUAUUUAUGGAGGUUCCUCAAAGAUGGGGACAUCUUUGCAAAUACUGCCUUAGUGAUUAAAAUUAACAUCACCAAUAAUGGGACAAAUAGAUGUCACGUGCCCCCAAAGUGAGGCACUGAAGGAACAUCACUGCUGUAUUAUUCUUGCCAAAAAUGUUUACCUGAAUCUAAUAAUGAAGGAACAGACAGAAUCCAAACAGAGGGCCAUUCUGGAAAACAAAACAAAACACACAUACAUACACACACACAGAACAAAAAGCCUGACCUCUUAAAAAAUGCCAGUGUCAUGAAAAAAAUACAAAAAGCUGCGGACUGUUUUAAAUGAAAGCUAUUACAGAGUCAUAACAACUUAAGAUCUUUCGAUUGGAUCCUAGAGGAGAUGGGAAAAAAUCAGCUAUAAAGAACAUUAUUUGGAAAUUGGGGACAUUUAAACGUAGGUCUUAUGUAGUCUUUAUUGGAUUACUGGUUUUGAAAGACAUUUUUGCUGGGUAUAGAAUUCCAGGGUGAGUUUUUUCUUUCAGUGCUUUCAAGAUGUUGUUAUACCAUCUUCUGGUUUGCACUGUUUCUGAGUUGAGAACCUGACAGACAAGAGCUGCAGUAGCCAAAUGCUGGAGAAAGCAGUGCCUUGUAAGGACCUCACUGGAGAAACCUCAGGGGCCAAAGCAGUGGACAAAAAAUGUGCUCUCCAGGGAUUUCAAAAGCAAGCCACACUAGAAUGGGAAGGAACGCUCCUUCCUUCCUGCUCCAAAGUCUCUCCAGCACCGUACUGACAAGGUUUAACACCUUGCUGGGUGGCAAAGAAGAGCUACUGACAAGGAAAAGCUCCAUUAUUGCAGGGCAGGCCAAAAGGUGAAUUUGAACAGAGGCAAUAAAUUGAUAACCAACACAA